ACCUCUUCCUUCUUUUAAAAAAAAUGCCAAACCAACAGAUACUUGCAAAGGGACCUUUAUAUUGGGCUGUACCAUUAACUGUAGCCGCAGCUACCGUAUACACAGUUUCCAAAGUCAAAUCAACUUCAAUGGGUCAAUUACAACCGUUGCAAUAUGUCCCUUCUGGUGAACCAAAGUUCGAUUCGGCGAACUUGGAUAGAAUUCGUGCCGAAUGGCGUCACAGAAACAAUGGUAUUGGAUUGAGAGAUGUUAGCCGAAGCGGUGGAGGAGUUUAAUUUUGAAAAUUCGGUCUUUAUCUUUCUUGUCAUAUCCAUGUACCAUUAGAAGGAAUUACGCUUAUUUCUUCAUAUUCUAGUUCAUUCAUCAUUAUACCCUAAAAAAUAAAACAAAAAAAUAAAUAAA